UUACAAACACAGGCGGUAUAAACAUGGCGGAUCUUUUAGCCGGCUGACUUCUGGAUUUUGCAUCGGCGAUUAUUUCAUGUGAUUGAUAGCAGCCAUCAAAUCAUACGGGGGUAACUUGAACAAACUUUCAACAUGUCGGAGGAAAACGUGAGAGUUGCCGUUAGAGUUCGGCCAUUCAACUCUCGAGAAAAAACUCUCAACUCUUCGCUUAUCAUUGAUAUGAAUGGCAAUACCACACAGAUAACAGACCCUUCAGGUAGUGACGAACCUCGAAAGUUCACCUUUGACUUCAGUUACUGGUCACACGAUGGCUGCAAGGAAAACAAUGGCUACUUCGAACCAGAUUCAUCACAACCAAAUGGCAAAAAAUUUGCUGAUCAGAAAAGUGUGUAUAAUGAUUUGGGAGUGGGUGUAUUGGACAACGCUUGGGGCGGCUACAACUCAACACUGUUUGCCUACGGACAGACAGGCUCUGGGAAAAGUUGGUCCAUGGUUGGAUAUGGUGUCAACAAAGGAAUUGUACCACUUUUCUGUGACAACAUCUUCCAACAGAUUAACGAAAAAAAGAAAGCCGGAGAUAAAACUGAAUUUGAGGUAACCUUCAGUAUGCUCGAGAUCUACAAUGAACAAGUCAGAGAUUUACUCUCCAAAAAGUCGAGUCGCGGAGGACUGAAAGUUCGACAGCACCCUAAACAGGGUUUCUAUGCUCAUGGCCUGAUAGUCGUUCCUGUAGACAGUUACGAGGAGAUCUCUAAAAGAAUGGCAGAAGGGACCACCAACAGGACUGUGGCUUCUACAAACAUGAAUGCUACCAGCAGUCGAGCUCACACAAUUGUUGGGAUCACAUUUCAACAGAAAUUCAUCAAUGCGGCUGGAGAGGAGACUGCCAAAACAGCUGUUGUCAAUCUCGUGGACUUGGCUGGAAGUGAGCGAGCUGAGAGCACGGGUGCUACAGGAGACCGCCUGAAAGAGGGCGCCGCUAUCAACCAGUCCCUAUCAUGCUUGGGCAACUGUAUUGCUGCCCUGGCAGAAAAAUCCUCAGGAAAGAAUACCCGAGUACCAUACAGAGAUUCAGUCCUAACCAAACUGCUCAAGAAUGCCCUGGGAGGAAACAGCAAAACAAUCAUGAUUGCAGCUCUUAGUCCGGCUGACGUAAACUUUGAUGAAACUCUAUCUACACUUCGUUACGCGGAUCGUGCCAAACAGAUCAAGACCACUGCCUCUGUAAACGAGAGUGCCACAGACAAGCUGAUCAGGGAACUUCAGGAGGAAAACGACAAACUUAAACUGAUGAUAGAAUCAGGGAACUACGAAAUGAUUAAACAAGAUGACGAUGACGAUGAUUUGACAGAUGAAGAGAAGAAACAGGAAAAGGAAGACCGUGAAUCAGAGUAUGCCAGUAUGUUGGAGAAAAACAAGCACGAGAUGGAGGAGAUGAAGAAAACGUUUGAACAGAAGCUAGCAGAGCGUGGCGAAUCUGAUACGGACUUUAAUGCUGUAGAUGAGAAGAAGAAAACUAUACCCCAUCUUUACAACCUGAACCAGGACCCUCAACUGUCUGGGAGGAUUGUUCACUUCCUGGAGGGGGAGAAUAUUAUCAUUGGUAGUAGUGCUGCUGAGGGCGAUGUUGGUAUUAGGAUCGUUGGGCCAAGCAUUCAAAUGAAACAUGCAUCCUUCACCUUGGCUGAGAACAAAUGGAGCAUCGAGCCUACAGCCCCACAUAGCCGUAUACUCCACAACGGAAAAGCCGUCGGAAACAAAGAAGAGCUAUGUCAUAACGACAGACUCCAGUUUGGUACUACCCAGUUCUUCGUGUACUUCAACCCUAAAGAAAGAGAUAGUAGCAAAAUUAACUACCCAGAUAUCUCUUACGAUGACGCCCAGCAGGAGGUUGCCCGAAAGUCAGGUCUCGGCAUGGACAAGGAGGCUAAAUCUAGAGAUGAAAAGUUACUGCAGGAGGAAAUGGUUAAGGCAGUGCCUGCAGUGCAACAAGCUAACUCCAUCAGUGAAGAGCUCGACAAGAAACUCAAGUUUGAGAUUAUUGUUGUUUCCCCUGAGGGACGCGGUGAAACAAAGGGACGUAGCAUCGUCAUGGUGAAGGUCACCAACCUAGAAACUAAGUUUGAGUGGAUGUGGCCCUUCCAGAAACUUCUAAACAGAAUGUAUGUCAUGCAGGAAAUGUACGAUGAACUUCUCGAGGGGGAGGAUGUCAAGAGGACUGAGGAAGAGGACCCAUUCUUUGAUGAUAUGAAAUGUGAUUUCUACGUCGGCAGUGUGAAACUCUGGCUGAAAUCUAUGGCCUAUCUGAUAGAAUCUAAAGACCAGCUAAGUGUAUGUGACUACCAGGGCAAGGAAGUGGGCGUUCUCAAUUACGAGAUAAUUCCGUGUGACAGUAAAGGGAAGGAGUAUACGGAUGCCGAUGAUAUCUUUGUGGAAGUUCCAGAAGAAUUACUGGGACGACCAGAUGGUGUACAUUUCAAGCUUAAAAUUACCAGUGCAAGAGGCCUUCCUAUGAGAUUUGUGGAUGUAUAUGCAAAAUAUACGUUUUUCAAUGGAGACAAGGUGUACGAGACCAAGCGGAUACCCGCUACAAAUAACCCGGACUGGAAGUUUGAGAUGAAACAAGACCAGGACGAGGUCACACUGCCUUUCUUGGACUACCUCAAAGAAGGUGCCAUCAUGAUCCAAAUCUGGGGAAAACAGAAAAUCCAUAAACCGAAGAAACACAUCAAUACUAAGGAUGCUUUACUGUCCUCAGCCCUGACCAAAGGCCAGAUGGGCGCUGGAAAGUCCAAGGCUAUCGACACAGACAAGAUGAAGUACAUGAUGGAAGCCGCCUUCCUUAGAAAGAGACAAGAACGGCUCGAACAGAAACUUCAUGCCAUGAAGAAGAUGUUGGACGAGGCAGAGAAGCACAACAAAAAGAAAAUCUCUAUCAGCCUUAUCAAGCAGAUCUACAACGCCUCGACAGCUGAUGCUGCUGACAAGUGCAUUGCCCUCAUUCCUCAGGAGAAAGAUGACGAUGAUGAAGAUGAGGCCAGUCCCUCAGUAGCCCCAGUAGUUGCUGGAGAUAAAAAGAACGGAAAGAAGGACAAAGGUGACAGCAGCAGCAGUGAUAGUAGUUCUAGCAGCGAUAGUGAUAGUGAUUCAGAAAAGAAGAAAGAUCCAGAAAAAGCAAAGAGGAAGGAAGAAAAGAGGAAACGAAAGGCUGCAAAAGUUGCUGCAAAACAACAGGAGAAAACAGCUUCGAAAAAUCAGUCAAAAUUAGUUCGGCAAAAUACUAAGGGUAAAAUACCAAUUGUGAAAAAAGAUGGGAAGAAAUCGUCUACAUGUAUAUUACUGUAAACAUUUUAAAUCCCGUUCUUUUAAGGUUUGACACUCUGACGUAUAUAUCUUAAUACCAGGUACAUCAAUCUAGUCCCAUCUCUAAUCUUUAUGGAAUUAAUUCUAAUUUACUUGUUUUCAUAUCAGCUACCACAUAUACAUGCACCAUUUUUAAUGGUUUUGAUUAAAGUACUGACUUUUUUUUUUAUGAUAUAUAUUUUCUGUAAAAUUCUAUUAGAGUUAUGUUUUGAUCAAUUUUACACCAAGUUUUUAUUAGGUAUAAAUGGCCAAAAUGCUGUUAUGCCAAUAUCAAGUUGUUUUGUUUUAUAAGGUUUAUUAGGAAAACACUUCAUAGAGAGAUAAUUGGAUGGGAUUUGUUUUCUUAUUCAACAAACUGCCUUGGUACUCUUUAAAAUUAUAUAAAGUGACAUCUUUAAUCAGAUUUGAUGAUUUUUUAUCCUAAAUUGUUUUUAUGAUUGUUUAUAUGAUAGCAUUACAAGUUGUUGGUUGUUACACAUAUCAAUGAUCAAGGUCAGGGUGUUGUUUGGAAAAAAACUGAUCACCUUGGCCUUUAAGACUGUCCUUGACCUUUGGGGAUUGUCCUUGACCUUUGGGAUUGACCUUGACAUGAGGGAAUGACGUGGAUUUUGUAAUGGGAUUCUUGUACUGAUGAUUGAUACUUUGUUGUAUUGUAUUUCACUAUACCUACAUAUACUGAUGGAAGAAAUAUAUAGGUGCCGUAGCACUAACCACCAGUCGGGACUAUUGUAAAUAUUAUACAGUACUUAAACUGAAGAAGAUGUAUAUAAGAAUCAUGUAGUCAUCAUUUUCGUAGUCUUGUGGCAAUUUGUUUUUCAGAAUCUUUGUUCAGAAGAUAAAAUAUACAUGUGUAUAUAGCACUGUCGAGAUUUCACACAGUAACGACUUUUCAUACAUAACGUAUUAUCUAACAGACAUUAUGAUGGCGUGGGACAAUUAAAUGAUCAUUUGUAAACACCUUAUCUAGAACUUGAUGGUUUCAGUUCAAACAUUGUUCUCAAUAUGAUUAUUCCAACUUUCUACACCAUGACAAUUUUUUGAAUAGUUUAUUUUAAACAUAUCUUAUACUACCUAUACAUUAAUUCUUGUUUGAUGAACUUGUCAAUUUUUAUUUAUUUUAUUUUUUUGUUACAUAUAUCAGAUUAAGUUACCACUGUAUCUAUACAUCCUGAACAAAACCAUUCCUUUUUAAGAUAUUUUUAUUUCUUUAAACCAUAUUACUGAGGUUCUUUUUUUAUGGAACGAAGAAUCAAAAGGAUUUUUUUGUAAAUACCUUUAAUUUAUUGACUCGCUACUGUCUAUAGGAGAUUAACAUUGUUGAUCAAUGUUAAAUGUAACGAUAAAUUUACUGAAAUGUUGGAUAGUUUGUAUGCAAUCACUUGUAGCUGACAGUAUAAUCCGAAGUUAAUUUCUGUGUAAAUAUUUUUUUGAUCACAAGUUAUUUUAUGAUUCCAUUCAACAAAGGCUAUUAAUUCCAACUGGACUUCAGUUGUAAAACGAUCAGUUUUCAACAUCUUAUAAAAACAGAGUAUUAUUAAAAUUAUAUGGUACUUUAAGAAAUGUGACAAUCAAAUAAAAAGUAUUUUACUGUUUAUGAGUGCUAAAGGUGUCCAAGGGUGAUAGAUCAUUGCUAUUGUCUGGUUUAUAUAUAUUCUAUUUUUACUCAUAUGAUCAGAACAUGGAGUACCAUUUUGGCAGUACAGCAUUUUAGCAGACUUACAUACAACUGAAAAUUCUGACCUUUCCUUGACAUUUGACAUUCAAAUCUACCAUGAGGUUGUAGUUAUAUAGAAUGCAAGCUAUAACAACCUGGCUAAUUCAAACUUGCAGACAGAUUUUCUCUCCUUAUCUAUAUCUUUUUUAUGUUUACUCCAUUUUUCAAGUGCUUAUGUUUUAGUAUAACCCUUUCUUAAGUGCUUGUCUGAUAUACAGAACCAUGCUGUGGAUUCUGUCGACAAAAUUUUGUUAGUGCUUCAUUUCUUCUUCGUCUAGAGAUGGAAUUUUGUCGUGGAUGCGUCGCUGCAGCCUCGUAAUGUUUUCUGUCAAUGGAUUCGCAGGUCACUGGUGAUUCGAAAUUAUAAUUCAUCUCAUUGGAUACAAUUCAUCUAAACAAAUUGUGCAAUAAGAAAAUCCUUUGAUAAUGAGGUGAUAUAUAGAUGUUUGAAUAUUAGUAAUUUGAUGGUUGGGUUGCUGCUAAAGUGGAGUUGUCAAGAAAACUUGGUCCUGGUGACGGAUGUAGUGUUUGUGUGCUGGGGAUUCCAUGCAUGCAGUUCAGUCUGUGAUAUUAAGUAGGUCACUGGGACCCAGUUUUACCGCCAUUGCCGACCUGUCUAGUUUGCACCAGUAGGUUAUUAGUCGUUGGAGGAUAUAUCCGAAUAUGUAGUUGACAGCUAGUAUGUAUACAUAGAAUGUUGCCGGCUGAUAUAUGUCCAAUGUAAGUGUGAUGGGUUGAUUUUCUUGUGUUCCAUUUUUCAUUUGUCAACUUUUGGUCAAUUCACGAUUCUGAUGCCAAAUUCAGUUUUAGCUGUCUUUUCAUUACCAUAACAAGAUAUUCAAUAACAUUUUCUGUGAAAAAUUUCCAUUUGUAUUUAUAAUCAUUUCAUUAUUGAAUGCAUUUUCAACUUGGUAAUAAUUGUAAUACGAUAUUUGUUUUUUUGUUUUUGUUGUGGUUACUCCUUAAUAGAUUCUUACCCCUCCCUCUCACCAAUUUGGAAGUGAAUAUAUUCAAGGGUGUUGAUUUAGAACUACACGAUGGUGGAACAUCAGUAAUACGAUAGUGAAUGGUGAAUUGGCUUUCUAGAGUUUGCUUGCUUGUUCUUUUAUUUUGCUGUGUGUCCAGGGUGGACAUGUACAACACAAAACACACGAGUGCUUUUUACCCACCUGGAGAUACAUAUAUUAGUUUGUUCUGUUUAGAAUUAGUAGUGCUUUCUUAGCCAUCUUUUUUCACAGAAUCAAAAUCAUACAAAGAAUUUUAUUACAGAAUCGCAUCUAAAUUUCCAUAAUCAAACUUAUCUUAAAAAAAAUUAUUAAUUUUUUUUUUUUUUUUUUUAAAUUUUUUUUAGAUACCAAAGAUUUAGGUUUUUCAUAUCUUGAUUUGGUUACUUUUUGUUGCUAGUAAAUUCUGGUAGAGAGUUGAUUUUGUGGAUUUAUGAUGGUGAUAUUAACAUAUUUCUGUAGUUGUUUGAAUUUAACCUGUUUGAGUGUUUUUUAUUUGAUAGAUGUCUUCUAAGUUUAGACUAAAUUUAUCUUGAAACACUGCCAAAAUAUUUUUUUUCAAUUUGUUGAACCAACCCUUGUGAUGAGGGUGUUGCUUGUCAAAGCAUGACUGUGAUACGCUGUAUAUAAAAUAUUCAAUAUCCAUUCUCCAUCUCAUUGAGCGGUGAUGUCUGUUUGUGACUAAAAGAGUCUCCCUGACUCAGUCUUGUACAUCCAGCAUGCACCUUUAUUUCUUCUGUCUUUCCAUAUCAUUUCAACUGUGACCUUCUGUCUCUUUUUUUUGCUCCUGCUUUAAUUUCUAAAGCUUUGUGUUUUUCUCCUGAGAAACUCUGUCUGCAAGUUAACAUUAACGCCAUGGCGACAGUAGCCCAGGCGGCAGUGUUGUGACUCAAUAAGCUAGGAUUCAGAAACCAAAAAUCACAUCGACAGUAACCCGAAAUUCAAAUUCAGGACACCCCUCACUCAAAUUUUGUAACUCUGACUACAAUUGAGAAACUCUUUCCCCAGUUCUUUACCUAAAACAGCAAUGACUACACCCAUACUUGCUAAACCUUAUAAUUUUGAAAGGAAACUCUUAAAUUUUGACCUGAAAAUAUCAGAAAUGGUAUGUGUAUUAAUCUGGUCAAAGGGAGGUCAGUAUUCAGCCCUCAUGGAAAUUCUCAAUUGUUGGGAACUAUAUGAAGCUCGGGUACCAUUUAACACUGCUCUCGAUGACUAAUACAAGCAAGACACUCUGACUGCCAUUAAACACGGCUCUCAAUGACUAAGACAAGCAAGACACUCUGACUGCCAUUAAACACAGCUCUCAAUGACUAAGACAAGCAAUUGACACUCUGACAGCACCUUUUUAAACAAAACAGCAGCUGUACCAAAUGUAUGCAGCUUUCUUAUAUCUCAAGGUAUAGUGUGUAACAUCUAUGAUGUACAGUUUUAAAUAGUUUGUAAAUAUCAAUGCUAUUUAUAAAUACAAUUCAGUAAUUUGAAGAACAGCAUCACAUUGAGACAAAUGUAUUACUACCCAUAUGAUAUUGCCUAACUUUUCGGGAAGAUUUGAAUUUUUUUUCUGGAAUUGUUUAAGGAUUAUAACCAUAUCUUCUUGAUGUAGGGUCUGUCAUAUCAUUUAACUUGUACAGGGUAAUAUGUUCAUUAUCAGAACGUGAAACUGUCAUUCAGAAUGAUCUUGUUUGUAUACAAGAAUUGUACAUCUAAAAAUGUUCAUAUACUGUCUAGUUUACAUGUAUUUAAAGAUAUCUUUACAUGGUUCCAUUGUAUUCUGUUUUUCUAGAUUUGGAUGGAGAGAUUGGGAUUAUAGAAGUAGUUUCAAUGAAUGAGACCAUGAUUAUUAUGGUCACAGGAGGAUCUAGUGUACAGGUUGAAAGUUAUUUAUUUUGUUGAUAUAUUGCUCAAUAUUUUCACAACCAACGUAAUAUUAGUAUGUACAAUCACGAUUUUAUUUUCUGAAUUCCUUACACAAAAUGUAUAAAUUAGAAAUAUUGCUAUACUUUAGCUUGUAUGAAAUAAAUUCAUUUAUUUUUUGCAUGCAGUGCACUGUUUAAAAUUCGACUCUGGAACUUAGUGGUCGGAAAGGCGGGAGAAGGGAGAUAACCCUCGCGCCAGGAACUGUUCUUCAACAUGCAUAAUAGUUAUGUUUACAAUGUGAUUCUGUGGUGACGUUUUGAACAGUAGAGGUUUUGCACAGUCCACUUUAGUAAGGACAGUCACUGAUAAAAUGUUUUACUUGUAUGUCCUAAGGUUUGUAUAUAUCAUGUUUAAACAGCUGAAUAAAGGAGAAAUUGAUGAAAUUAAAUAAAAA